AUGGUGCGCUUGCCAACCGAAAUUCUCGAGAUGAUCGGGACCUUUGUAGAUGACAAGCCCACGCAAAGGGCUUUGACUGAAAGCUCUGUCGAAUUCCACACGCUGUUUACACCACGUCUCUAUUCCUCUAUCACCCUACCAAGCAUCUGGACACCCGUCCAGUUUGAUCUCAUUCGACGACUGUGCUCUUCGCCUGAGUUGGCGAGUCUUGUUCGUCACUUCGCUUUCAGGAUAGGGGGGUACGACGACUACGGCAAGGAUGAACUCCCCCCAAGGCGCAAAGAGUAUAAGCCCUUCAUUGAUGAACUUGUGGCUGCAUUAUGUGAACUGGGAUGUGAUGAAUGGGUGUGGUGGGAUGGUCUGGAGAGCUUAUCUAAAGACGCAUGGGCUUGCGCAACGCUCACUUAA